UUCCUUCCCCGGGACCACGCUUCCAUGUUGCGUUGUGCCACCUAAGAACUCCUGGGCCUGUAGGGGUGGCUUACCUGUCGGCCGCGGCUGCGUCGUGGGUCCUAGGCAGGGCUGGAAGCGCUCCUCCGCUCCUGGCUGUUUGGAAGGCCGCUGGAGCGACGCCCGGGCCUGUGAAGUGACCAGCCGUUGCCGGAGGGCCGGGACUGGUGGCCUCCCUUACUCCCACUCCCCAGAGAUCUUGAUGAAUAAAAUAAAGCACUCAUAAUUCAUCUCUAAAAAGAUUAUUUAUACCCUGGCAUUUGAAAUGCUUUGUAUUUAGAAUUGUAGUAAAGAAUGGAAAAAGAGAAAGUAAAUGAUGAUGGACAACCAGAGCCAGAGAAUUCCUUGGACUUUUCUGAACACUUUAACCAACUUGAAUUGUUAGAAACACAUGGACAUCUUAUUCCCACUGGAACCCAAAGUCUCUGGGUAGGGAAUUCUGAUGAAGAUGAGGAGCAAGAUGAAAAAACUGAAGAGUGGUAUCAAUUGCAAGAAAAAAAAAUGGAAAAAGAUCCCAGCAAAUUGCUCCUUUGGGCUGCCGAAAAAAAUCGGCUGACGACAGUGCAGAGACUGCUUGCUGAAAAGGCCACUCAUGUGAACACUAGAGAUGAGGAUAAGUACACCCCUCUUCAUCGAGCAGCCUACAGUGGAAACUUAAAUGUUGUCCGUGAGCUGAUAGCACAAGGAGCAGAUGUGCACGCGGUGACCGUGGAUGGCUGGACACCCCUGCACAGUGCUUGUAAGUGGAAUAAUACUAGAGUAGCUUCUUUCUUGCUUCAGCACGACGCAGAUAUCAAUGCCCAAACAAAAGGCCUCCUGACCCCCUUACAUCUCGCUGCUGGGAACAGAGACAGCAAAGAUACCCUGGAACUUCUCCUGAUGAACCGCUACAUCAAACCAGAUCUGAAGAACAACCUGGAAGAAACAGCAUUUGAUAUCGCCAGGAGGACAAGUAUCUAUCAGUACCUCUUUGAAAUUGUGGAAGGCUGCACAAAUUCUUCACCUCAGUCUUAACACUUCUGAUCCUUUUCUUUAAGUUUCGAAGUACCAGUGCCUCUUCUGUGUGAGAUGUGAAAAAUCCCCGUAAUACAAAGUUGACAUCAAACAUCUUACAACAAAAAAUUCAGUGGUACUCAUUAUAUAAAUUCUUUCCAAGUGAAUUGCCUGACCAUGAUGUCAGAAGUGUUUUGAGAGUUGUUUGCGUUGAUCUUUAAUGAUUUCUGUGGAGUGUGUGAUUUUUAUCAGAAAUAAUUUUAACUAAAAAACCUGUCACGGGUUGUACAGAAAACUAAUGAUAUUUUUGGUGCUGAUCCAAGAAAAACGUAUUUUUAAAUAUUCCCCAUCCUGAAUCUUUGUUAAAGAUUUUUGUGAAAGUAUUUAGUAUACUGACAUGUAUUUUUAUAAGGUAAGGUAACUCAGAAUUUAAUUUAAAAGUCUUCAAUAUACUGGUGCAGUUCAGCUGUCUCCUCUGUGUUACCAUAGCCAUUUGCUUUCAUUUUAAACCGUAAGAACUAACAUAGCGUCUUGAAUCUUCCUAAGUUAAAAAACGGAUGUUUGUCUUUUAGAACCUAGACCAUUUUCAGGAAAGUAGUUAGCUGGGUGUUUAAUCCAUGAAUGUUGUAUACUGCCUCCCCUACCACAAUUCACACAAUCCUAUGGACAGUCCUACCUCACCCAGGUCCACCUACAUAAUCUUUAUUCUACUGGUGAGUCAGCGUGACCUUUCAAAUACGAACACAAUGAUACCUUGGUCCAAGAGAUCGUAAUGUAUCUACUAUCUUGCUGGUUUUACCUGCCUAAGCCUCCUGAUUCGGUCACUGCUUAUAUAGUCUCUCAAGUUCACAGGAAGUAUUGAUUUUUCUAGGGUCCUCAUUUUAUACAAAUUUUACAAAGGGAAAGAGACAAGGGAAAAGGAAUUCCACGAGUGAGGGGAUGAUUAUUAGGGCUAAAAACCACAAAGUGGCUCAGGCUUUUUAAAAAACCCAGAGUGUGGAUAAUGACAAAAGCAUAAAUAUAAGUAUUCAAAGAAAUAAAAGUUUCAAACAACAGAAAAGGCCAUGAAUUCUUUUUUUACCUGUAUACAUCUUCCUUGGAUCCAUAACAUAUUUAUUCAUCAGCAUACAUUUAUUUAAUCUCUACUCUUAGCCUCUCCAGCAGUGGUUUCCCGUUGGCUACCUAGCCCCUCUGUGACUAUUCCCAAAAGGAUUUCUCUUAACUUUUCGACACAAGAACACACUAGAGAAAGGGAGCUACAUCAGUGGCUCUUCAGUUACACCAAGGUUUGUCUCUUUUGAGCCAGCCCUUAUGAUCCAAUCACCCUAGACUAAGUAAGAAUGUUAUUUAAUCAAAUAUGUGGGGCAAUAUUUAGCUAAGAACAAAAUGGGAUCAUCUCAGAAAAGUUAAAAAUAAUAUAUGAACUGAAUCAUUGUGAUAAACAGGAUCUCAAGAGUUAGGAGAGCUUCAAUUUUUCGUGAUCUCCGGCUAGGAGAUGCUUAGGUUUUAGGGUAUCAAUAUCAAUGACAGGAGUUUUGGUAGAAAGUGAGAGGUCACUUUCUGUUUGAUCUGGCCCAAUUUAGUGAUACCAAAUGGCAGGUAAGCUGAUAGACAGUGACAGUAGAAUAGGACCCCAUCUAUCCCAGUAGACUGCUAAUUGAGACUGCCUAAUUAACUUAAAAUCGCAGAGCCAAUAACUCCUUUAUUAAUUGGAAAUGAGUUGCAUCCAUGAUUUUAUGUAAGCUUCCCACUUAAGUAUGGAGCCAAAGAAGCCACCUCGUUUCGGAUCAGGAACUAAGAUGUGACUACUCCCUUGUUUCCAGGCCUCAACACUCAACCAGUGCAUGGAAAUCCCUGAGGACAGAAAUUAGAUUGCUUCCUUUACUUUCCUUAGUAUUCACUAGACUCUUCUGUCUGCAGAAGUAUUUACUAAUAAUGCUUUUGACUAUAUUACUUACCUGUACUUUCCAGUUUGCUUUAAGAAGGCUAAAUAGCUGUUUGCAAACAAAAUUGUCUCUAAUCCUACAAACUUUACCCAAAGACUUAAAAAAAAAAUCUACGUUUUUCACAACCAAGGGCUUAAUUAUGAUUAAGUUACAUACUUGAAGAAGAGGUAACUUUCUGUCAUUGUUCAAUGGACACAUCAUAAUUCUUAUGCCCAGCGUGAAAUUAGUUGGCUUUGCUUUUUUAAUCUUAAAUAUGCUUCUCCAGGGAACUUUCUGGCCCACAACCUACCACUGUGAUGGGAUUUAGAGUCUUUGGAUGUGAAAACAUCCAUUUAUCGACCAAUUAUCACAUCCCCAACUAUACUAAAUCAUGAUCAAAAGAGGCCCAGAGAAGUAACCCUUGCUCUUGAGACUUAUGUCCAAUACCAAAAUGAAACCUCUGGAUUAAUUUUGGAUUCCUGACCACAUAUACCACCUUCACCCUAC